CAAUGGCAGAGGAAGGGCAAAAGGUUACACUGAAUGUGUAUGAUUUAAGUCAAGGACUUGCUCGUCAACUCUCUACAACUUUUUUAGGCAGAGCUAUUGAAGGAAUCUGGCACACAGGUAUAGUUGUUUUUGGGAGUGAAUACUACUUUGGGGGAGGUAUACGACAUUCUCCUGUUGGAACCACCCCGUAUGGAAAACCUAUCAAGGUGGUAGAUUUGGGUGUUCCACAUGUGCCCAAGGAGAUUUUUGAAGAGUAUUUACAGGAGAUCAGUCCUCGGUAUACAGCUGAAACCUAUAAUUUGCUCGGACACAAUUGCAAUAGCUUCAGUAAUCAGGUUGCCCAAUUUUUAGUGGGCACCAACAUGCCCGACUACAUAGUGGAGCUACCUAAUAAUGUUUUGAGUAGCCCUAUGGGUGCUAUGAUAUUACCCAUGAUACAACAACUAGAGACAACAUUGAGAUCGGGUGCUGUUCCCCAAGUCCCUCAGUUCAGACCUACUUCCUCAGGUCAGCAGCCUUCUCAUUCAGUCCUAACACCUGCCACGUCAGCAAGAGAAAUAGCUAAUGGUACGGGUAAUCUACUGGGUUCUGAUGGGAAGACAUCUACUGUAGAAAUGCCAGAGAAGAAAAAGACAAACAGUGGUGGGGAUCCUCUUGGGGAUGCAAGAUUGAAGGUGCAGGAGGAAAUAACUGCCGAGUUCGCAGCGAUCAUGGCAUCCGGAACAUUACGCGCAAGUGAGGCAGCUGCACUUUCCACCAGAAGAGUAAUGGAGAGACACGGACUAUAA